AUGCCGCCUCCAUUCGAUGGAUAUGGGUCCGCCUAUCCACUAGGUCUGGCCGAGAGCUCUCAGUCGCCCGGUCGUCGUCAACGGAUAUCUAUGGCAUGUCAGUAUUGUAGACAUCGCAAAAUCAGAUGUUGUGGAGGAUCACCAUGUCGGAACUGUACACGAGCAAAGAGGGAAUGUGAAUAUGCUCCUGUACCAGAAGAAGUGAAUAGGGCAACCAGGGAGAAGAAAGCUAUAGCGAAAGCAGCCAAGGCUGUACAGAAUAUAUCACCCAUCACUACCUCUUCACCUUACUUUCCUGAACAACCGGUCUUCAAUGUACCCUACGUCUCUGGACCUGGACCUAUCCGACCUGCUCACUUGGGUCAUCGUCGUACGGUCUCGAUGCCUAGUUCCGGAGUCGCUCCGUGGGUUACACCGCCCUCUGCGCCCGCACUGGCUUCUCCACCAAUGUUCGAAUCCCCACAUUGGAUGUAUAACGGUUGGACUGCCGGAGCAGGUCAUGUACAUGGACAUGUAUCUGCACCAGCGCAAUAUCCACUCCAGACGCAUCAUGAACACGCGCAUACGCAUACACCGGUAUCGACCUUCCCAUCUGUAUUGGAACAGACACCAAUGCAUGAUGCCUAUCUCAAUGGUCAAAUGCAACAUGAAGUUAUGGUAUCCAACCCUAAUCUUACUCCAGCCGAUACAUCACGUUCGUCAUCGACAGAACAUGAUUAUCCACCUAACAUGAUUCCCCCACCUACCCUACCUACCUCAUGGUCUACACCUCAUUUACCUACUCAAACAUACCUUCGUCCCGCUAUUCCUAUCCCUGUUACCCCAGUGGUGACCAAAGGUACCGGUACUUCACCUAUAACACCAGCUACGACAACAGGGUAUCAAACUCCUUUUCCUACUCCACCACUAUUCCAAGUCCCUUUCGCUUACCAUCAACAACCACAACAGCACGGGCAGUAUCCCUAUUAUUCCCCUUCACCACUUGGACAGAGCACCACGACUUCCCCCACACUAGCGCCGGAGAUGUCACUCCCUCAAGAGAAAGAACAACUGAUAGGAUUGGGUAUAGGCGUACCGGAAGUAACAACAUUACAGCAAAAUGAAUAUUAUCAGACGCCUACACCGACACUCUCAUCGGAUGAAUAUUUCUCGCCGCCAAUGCAAAUGCAAUUUUAG